AUGGGCGACAAACCACUUUUGACGAAGAACAUGCAGUACGCCGGAAAAUGGUUUUUUGACGCCAGCCAGACGAGCAACUGCAUGUUCCAGCCGCAUGAAUCCGACAAGACACUAACACAAGCUCAGAUUAAGCCUGUCACAACCAACGGAAGCGAAUGGUUCUGGCUGAAACCAGAAAUUUGGAAGGAUCCGUGCUCGACUAUUCAGACAAACUUGGCGUGGUUUGGGUGGCCAUAUUCUUUUGCAUCGUCAGUCUCAGCAGUAGCUGCAAAUGAGCUGAAAGACGAGAAUGCGAAGAAAAGAGACGAGCCAAAAGAAAACGGAUGA